AACUUAAAAUUUUAUUAGCUCUGCUAUUGCAAUUAUGUAGUAGUAAUUAAGAAAAUUUAGUACAUAUUGAUAAAGUAAAGAUUUGUCCGAAAUAUCGACGUGUGAUUGAUUAAUAAAAAUAUUUGGCUGCAUAAAAUUUUUUAAAAUUUACCUUUAAAGUCUUUAACUUUGAUUUUAUUCUAUUGUGUUACAUUUUGUUAAAAAUUGAGAGCUUAAUAAUAUUUUUGUGCUUUUUUUCAAAUUAAAGUCAACGGAUAACUAAAAGCUUAUUAGAGAAUCGCAUAAAAGAAAAAGAUCUCAACUAAACCUAAAAUUUAUUCACUUUUAUUAUUUUUAUUUUUUAAGUCAAGUAUUUUUGAUUCGUGAAAUUAUUUGUUAAAGGUACACCAGUCUAUGUAUAACCUUAAAUUGAAUUCCUUCAUAAGUUUUAUAAAAUUGUGUUUGCAAGAGGUUUAGAGACGAUUCACAAAAAAUAAAGGAUAUGGAAUUUCCAUUUUUCUCCAGAUCCAGUAAAACUUUUAAACCAAAGAAAAAUAUACCUGAGGGAACUCACCAGUAUGAUUUAAUGAAACAUGCAGCAGCCACUCUUGGUUCUGGUAAUUUAAGAAAUGCUGUAGCAUUACCUGAUGGGGAAGAUAUCAACGAAUGGGUUGCUGUAAAUACUGUUGAUUUCUUCAAUCAAAUUAAUAUGUUGUAUGGGACCAUAACGGAAUUUUGCACUGAAACCAGUUGUGUUAUUAUGUCAGCUGGACCAAAAUAUGAAUAUCAUUGGGCUGACGGGCAAACAGUAAAAAAACCAAUAAAAUGUAGUGCACCAAAAUAUAUUGAUUAUUUAAUGACGUGGGUUCAAGAUCAACUAGAUGAUGAAACUUUAUUCCCAUCUAAAAUUGGAGUACCGUUUCCAAAAAAUUUUUUGACAAUUGCUAAGACAAUAUUAAAAAGAUUAUUUAGAGUAUACGCUCAUAUAUAUCAUCAACAUUUUCCGGAAGUUGUUCGAUUAGGUGAAGAAGCUCAUUUAAAUACAUCUUUCAAACAUUUUAUAUUUUUUGUUCAAGAAUUUAAUUUAAUUGAUCGUCGAGAAUUAGCUCCGUUACAAGAAUUAAUUGAUAAGUUAACUGCUAAGGAUGAAAGAAAAAUAUGAAAAUUUAAAAAAAUGUUGCACAUAACUAUUAUUUUGUUUUGUUGCUUUAAGUGAAAACAAAUAUGUUCUUAUAUAUCGAGCAUAUAUUUUUAUUUGAAAAUAUUUUAUUUCUACCUAAAAUAUAUAUUUUACUUUUGUGAAAAGAUAAAAUAGGGAAAAAACAGGAAAGAAGUGUAAUUUUAUAAAUAAGAAAUUCACAAAAAAAAACAUCCAAUACUUUCAUAUUUUGUAUAAAAACUGAAUUUUCUAUUAUAUCUUGUAAAAUUUCUAUUUUAAUCUGAUUUUUCAAUUAUUAAUCGUGAUAAAAGUA